CACACAACAAACGGAUCCGGCUACUGGGCUGUUAGGGACUGUCUCCAAUAGUGAGAAGUCGAGCCCACCCGACUCCUUUCCUUCGUCGAAGAACAGGAGGUUUCGACCUGGCGCAGGGAUCCUCAACGACAUUCGGUCUCGCCUGCCUUACUAUAUGAGCGAUUGGAAGGACGCGUACAACUAUCGCGUGGUCCCUGCUAUUGUGCUCAUCUUCUUCGCGAACGUCUUGCCAGGAAUUGCCUUCUCAUUAGACUUAAUAGAAACCACUGAACAGUAUGGUGUCGCAGAAGUCCUGUUAUCAUCCUUCAUGGCGGCCUUCAUAUUUUCAGUCUUCGGUGCUCAGCCCCUUUGUAUUGCUGGUGUGACUGGACCGAUCACAGUGCUCAACAAGACUAUCUUCGACCUGACGCAACGAGGCGACCCUGCGACGAGGCCGAAUUAUCUUCACCUGGUGGGAUGGGUAUAUCUCUGGGCUGCCAUAUUCCACUGGAUUACCGCCAUCUUGAACUGGUGCAAUUUUCUGAGAUACGUGACUUUGUUUUCCUGCGACAUCUUUGGUUUCUACGUGUCCUGGGUGUAUCUCCAGUACGGUGUUCAAGUCGUCACCCGCCAGUUUGUCAGUGCUCCGUCAGAAAACGGGCCUUUCGUCGGCAUCAUCCUCGCGCUCCUUAUGCUCAUUACUUCAUUUCUGUUCCGAUCGCUGUCGCAAACAACAUUCUUCCAUCGCCAUGUACGUCGCUUCCUGGCAGACUACGGCAUGCCGAUAUCGCUCGUUGCCAGUUCCGCAAUGGCCUACUGGGGAAGAUUCAAUGCCGCUAACCCAUCCACCUUGCCUGUGAACGGGGCUUUCCAGCCUGCCGGUGGGCGCCAGUGGCUUGUCAGGUUCUGGCAGUUAGACGGAAAGUGGGUCGGCAUAGCGUUCCCCUUUGGCGUCGUCCUUUGGGUUCUGUUCUUCUUCGACCAUAACGUGUCGUCCUUGAUGGCACAGGGAACACAGUUUCCUCUCAGAAAACCGCCCGGCUUCCAUCAUGACUUCUUCCUACUAGGCAUCACUACGUUCAUAGCCGGGCUGAUUGGCGUGCCGGCUCCAAAUGGAUUGAUACCUCAGGCGCCUAUACACACAACCUCCCUCCUCGUCAUGGGCAGGCCAUUCAAGGACGACAAGGAGGAAGCGGUGCCCGCGUCUAGGGCCGGAACUGCCACUCCUGGCAGCGUUAGUAAAGGCAAGGAGGCGGCGUCAGGAACGGACAACCAAAUGCGCAUUAGGAGUGCCUCGCCGAACGUCACCGCUCGUCCCGAAUCACUUGACAAUGAGCACAAUCAUGGGCACAUAUUUCAUGAUCCCGAACCUCCGCUGGAUCCUGCGACAGUCGAUCGUCACGAGGUGCCGAUCGCGGUAGUAGAGCAGCGACUUUCAAAUCUUGCUCAGGGUGCCCUAUGCUUGGUCCUCCUAUCAAAACCAUUCCUGCAUAUACUGCACCUGAUUCCUCGUGGGGUCCUGGCAGGUUUAUUCUGGUACAUGGGUGCCGACGCUUUGGAAGGAAACGGGAUAACUCAGAAGAUCUUCUAUUUCUUUCGUGACAAAUCCCUCAUGUCCCCUUAUGAUCCUUUGCACAAAGUCAGGAAGUCACGAGUCUUGCUGUUCGUUGUCGCGCAACUCAUCGGAUUCGGCGCUGCAUUUGCCAUAACCCAGACUCAAGCCGCUAUCGGUUUCCCGAUUGUCGUUUUCCUACUGGUUCCCGUAAGGACGUACCUCAUCCCUCGACUACCACUCACACCGGAGGAGUUGGCUACCCUAGACGGCCCAACGGCUUCAUCGUUUACCAUGAUGUCGGUGGGGGGCUCUGCAUAAACGUAAACGCUCA